AUGCACAACGUGAUACCCAGCCAGAGCUUCCGAAUUGUUUACAAAGCGCCAGCUAAUCAAUCCAGAUCAGUACAGCAACGCACAAUAGCAGUGCAUGGAGCUAUCUCCAUACAACAUCACGAGCCGAUCGGCAAAAACACUUUGUUUCUGUGUUAUGCUUGCCAUGGUACCACUCAACUCCCUUCACGCAUACACCCUGCGCAGUCUCCCGCACGUAAUUGUUUGAGCACUGGCGUUUUUUCCGAUAACCAAAACUUGAGCUUUCUGGCCCAGUAUAUAAGUGGAAAAGUAGUCUGCCUUCUUCCCGUCUCUCCUGAAAUCCACCUGGAACUUGCUGCUGAUUUUCACAUGCCAACCGGAGAGGGUUAUCAAGAGAAGUAUGUGCUGCUUGACUAUUGGUCUGCUCGCCGAGCUUGGCAGUUGGAUUGCGAACGUUUCAUCAACCACUUAGGUGACAUCGUCAGCGCAGUGUUGAAU